CUUAAAUGGAAGGAGUAUUGCACUGUCAGAGGUGCUAUUUCUGAGCGAAGACAUUAAAUUGAGGGCUUCAUCGGCAGCGAUUAAAGGAUUUCACAAAAGGUAUCCCCCCUCUUUAUAUAUCACAAAUUUAAGAAAAACAAACUUUAAAAAAACUCAAAAGCCGAUUUUGGUCAAUGCUAGGAGAAGAUGUCUUAUUCAAACGCCCGUGUGGAUUAUCGCCACCUCCUUUCUCAGCCUGGGGCAGAUGUCCGUGCUGCAGCGGUAAGCUCUCCCUACAUUGACAUGCGGCCUGCAGGUGUCCCCAGAGGUGACCCAGCACAAAGCGAGUGGGGCUUUCGGUUCCAGAGGACAGCUCUGUCUCCAGCUCCGCGGCGGAAAAGGGAAUUCGUGCCGGAAGAGAAGAAGGAUGUCAAUUAUUGGAGCAAGAGGGAGAGAAACAACAACGCGGCCAAGAAAUCGCGAGAGAGACGGCGCAUACACGACAUGCAGCUGGAGAUGAGGAUUCUGGCUCUAAUGCGGGAAAAUAAACGCCUGAAGACAGAGCUUCUGACGCUCAAGUGCCAGCUGGGACUCACUGGCAUCCCCCUGCACUUCCAGGCAUUGCGAAGAGGGCUCCUAUCUAGUCUGCUGCCUGAUUUAAGAGCAUUAAAAUGUGCAGCCACUUUGGAUCCUGACAGAUACGCAGCGCCAUCAUUUGGUCUGGAUUAUAGACAAGCUGCAGAGUCAACUCUCGCCUCUUCCCAGCUGGCCCCCAGACCGCCGAGGGAAGCUGCGCUGCAUUUAACAAGCGUCCUGCAGCGGCCCUUCUCCAAAGGUGGAGCGACAUACUGUGAGGAGAGAUUGCGCUGUGUGAAAUGUAAUGUCGAAAGCUCUGCUUGCUCACACCAAUCGAAACCACAAGGUUGCCAGCAGCUGGUGAGAGGUUCAGACUCGGGCUCCACUGCCCCUUUGAACCCUUCAGGAACACAGACCACUCUCCCUCACAAACUCAGAUUUAAAACGAACCAGGGCGGGGAACACGCCUGUCUGCAUCCGAGACAAAGCUGUCAGAGCUCACCUUCCUGCAAAGGCGGCUUGGUUGAAAUUUACAUUGACCCUCAAAAGGGCUGCCUUGCCCCACGGGAUGCCUUCAGACACAGGACGGAGUUGAACCUCAGCGUCCAUCAGCGCUGACAGAGGAAAUUGCAUUUCCAGGAGAACUUUCGAACAACAGCGACCCCCUCCCCUCCCCGCCAAGAGCGCAGCUGGGCUCAGCGAUAGUUUACAAACAGAGGCGUCACUCAGAGGCCAGGAAUGAAUACCAUUGACUGCGAUGAAGGUAGUAAAGAUAUUGGGGAAGAAACUGUUCAAAGCGAACUGAACACUUUGCCCGUCGUUACUGACGCACAGAAAGGUCUGCUCGCCCCAGGCUGUGUUUAAUCCACCGUGUGUCUUAAAGGGACAUGCAGAAGCUCUCACAGGAACAAUUAUCCGCCUCUUCACAGAACUUAUUUAGCCUUAUGUAGCUCAAAUUAUGGUUGUCACCCUAAAAGUUGGCACAACUAAAACAUAACUUAGAGGUGUCAGUGUUGGACUGGGAUGGAUAAAGUUAAAAAUCAUCGAGUAAAAAGUGAAGUCUGCAGAUGCUGGAGAUCAGAGUUGAAAAUGUGUUGCUGGUUAAAGCACAGCAGGUCAGGCAGCAUCCAAGGAACAGGAAAUUCGACGUUUCGGGCCAGAGCCCUUCAUCAGGAAUGAGAAAGUUAGAAAUCACCCAAUACCAGGUUAUAGUCCAACAGAUUCCAAAUAAACGUGGUGUUGUGUGAUUUACAACUAAAAUAAAUAACUUGCGUAAAUAUUAAUGCUGGAAACCUGAAACAAACCAGAAAUGGCUGCAGAAACCCAGCAGAUCUGGCAGUACCUGUGGACAGAAAGCAGAGUUAAUGUUUCGAGUCCAGUGACCCGUUUUAAUCCAAUGACCCUCCUUUAGAAAACAACGCCAACACCGUGUCUUGAAGUACUUAGCCACUGGAAUGAGGAGUCACUGGACUCGAAACGUUAACCCUGCUUUUUGUCCACAGAUGCUGCCAGCGUCGCCGAGUUUCUGCAGCUGUUCCUGUUUUUGUUUAAAAACAAUCGCCUGCACUAUCAUUACAGUACAAAGGCAAAACAAAAUCUGAAGCAGCAGUAUCAAGCCAAUCACUGUAUAAAUUUGACAAUAAACAUAGCCCGCGAUUUUAAAACCUAGCAACGAAAAGCAAUUGAAGCGUCACAUUGUGCUGUGUGGUCUGCUGUGAACGUGGUACUAUUUACCACACACGCCCUCUACAAUUUGUAGAAGACGGGCCAAUGACUAAAUCUCCUCAAUAACCAUCUGACAGGAUUAAUUUCUGGAAAUGAAUUGCUUUAAUUAACAUGAACACGAAUAAAAUUAAAUCCGAUCCCAAUAUUUACAUCAUGCUAACUUGUUAACAUAUUGAUAUUAAGAAAGGCACGAAUCAGAUGCCACUGAUGGGAAAUUACCUUCUUGCCAACAAAGGGUUAACAUUUGCUGCCUUUUUUAAAAUGGAAACUUUGUUUUGUUUUGAUAUGUAGCGCCACUAACUGAUUUUAUCUUGAUUAAAGCGUUAAAGUAAUAGCACAUUACCGGUUUCAUUACUAAAAUGCAUAGAUAUCGCUGCGCAAAACUUCAUUUCUUUAUUAUUUGU